CUUCCUCUCUCGUCCACACACUGAUCUCCAGCCCAAACCUCAUCCUCAAUCCCGCCUCUACCAACCUUGUCAUCCAUUUCUCCACCCGCCAUGCUUCCGCCUUCGCCACUUCCCGACCAUGUCCUCCUCUCUCUCCUCCGCGUCCCUGCCACCACCACCACCACCACCACCUCCUCCCUCUCCAUCGGACACACCCGGCCACCGCCGCCACUUCCUCCCCUUGCUCUCCGCCGCGGCCACCGCCGACCUCCCCUUCUCCACCCGUCUCCUCCACCCACCCGCCCCCACCACGUCUUCCUAUAACACCCUCAUCCGCUCCCUCUCCCGCUCCCGCGACUGCAAGCCCCUCGCCCUCCGCCUCUACCGCCGGAUGCUCUUCGACGGCGCCGCCGCCCCGCCGGACAAUUUCACCUUCCCCGUCGUCCUCAGGGCCGCUGCCUUCCUCUCCGCCCUCCCGGAAGGCACCCAGAUCCACGCCCAGAUCCUCAAGCUCGGCUUCUCCUCGGAUACGUACGUCGCCAAUAGCCUCAUCCAUUUCUACGCCUCCUGCGGUCUCCAAUCUCUCGCUCGCCAACUGUUCGAUAGAAUGCUCCGGAGAACGCGCGUCUCUUGGAACGUUACCAUCGACGGAUACGUCGCUAAUGGGGACCAUGGCACCGCUUUGGACCUCUUCAGAGAGAUGCAGAGAUUGUUCGCGCCGGAUGAGUACACUCUUCAGAGCGUUAUCUGUGCUUGUGGGGGAAUCGGGUCUUUGUCCCUGGGGAUGUGGGCUCAUGCCUUCAUAUUCAAAAACUUCGACGACAAAGUGGCGAAUGAUGUUCUGAUAAACAAUUCCUUGCUCGACGCAUACUCAAAAUGCGGAUCGAUAACUAUCGCUCGUCAAGUUUUUGACAGAAUGCCCACGCGGGAUGUGACCUCGUGGAAUGUGAUGAUUCUUGGGCUGGCGAUGCAUGGCCAUGUCGACGAGUGCUUCGAGGCCUUUGCACGAAUGUCGGAAGAGGAGGAGAAAUUGAAGCCCAAUUCGAUCACAUUCGUCGGCAUUCUGAGUGCAUGCGACCAUGGGGGUUUGGUCGAUGAGGGUAGAAAAUAUUUCGAUUUGAUGGUUACCGAAUUUGGGAUUGAACCAAGAAUUGAGCACUACGGCUGCAUGGUUGAUCUUCUAGCUCGAGCGGGGUUGAUAGAAGAAGCUCUAGACCUGGUGUCGAACAUGCGAUGCAAGCCUGAUGCCGUGAUUUGGCGGAGUCUUCUCGAUGCUUGUUGCAAGAGAAAUGCAGGAGUUGAGGUCAGCGAGUCAGUUGCCAGGCGGGCUCUAGAAUUUGAGGACGUCGGCACAAGCGGUGUUUAUGUUCUUCUGUCGAGAGUAUAUGCCUCGGCAAACCGGUGGAAUGAUGUAGGUUUGGUUCGGAAGCUAAUGGUUGAUGUGGGGAUCAGAAAGGAGCCAGGCUGCAGUUCGAUUGAGAUGGAUGGUGUUGUUCAUCAUUUUGUUGCUGGCGAUACGUCUCAUCCUCGGUCGGAAGAAAUAUACGGGAUGCUUCGUGAAGUGGAAGGCAAAUUGGUUGGGUAUAAACCAGACUCCUCGCAGGCACCAAUGGUGGCUGAGUUUGAUAAUGCGAGAGAAGACUCGCUUCGCUUCCACAGCGAGAGGCUGGCUAUAGCUUUUGGGCUGCUUAACAGGACGCCAGGGACCCCAAUUAGGAUAUUGAAGAACCUGAGGGUGUGCGGAGACUGCCACGCCAUAACUAAACUGAUCUCACAAGAGUACAAUGUGGAGAUCAUCGUGAGAGACCGAACUAGAUUUCACCAUUUCAGAGAUGGUUUAUGUUCUUGCAUGGAUUAUUGGUGAUGGUUCGAGUCAAGUCUCAUUUCAGAGAUUUCACCAUUCGAUAAACUUGGCUCGAGCUGCUAAUUGCUGGAGUCAUCGUUGACCAGCUGAACGAGUCUCCAAUAUAAUGAAAUAAAACUGUAUUUUUUGGCUUCUGCAAUUGAAACGAAUGGAUAUAGGAUCUGCACUGCAUAUCAUGAGCAUGCUGACGGUCAUACUAAUAGUAAUUUGGUUUAGCCGAGGAAGAUUGUUUCAUGUUGCAUUAAGUAGGCAUGAGCUGCAGCUCAUGCAGUGUUGAUUCGAGAUAGAUUUUCAUGGCGUCGGACCGUAUAUAGAGAUAUGUAGUAAGCUUAUCUGGCUGUCCUAACGGUUAAGGUAGUAGCAUUUUACUGCAGAAUAAAUUUUGAA